UCGCGCGGCCGUGAGGAGCAGGAACUCAAUUAAGAAGAUGGCAGCUUUUACCCCAAGGAAAAGGAAGCAACAGUCUUUGAACUGUGACAGUUUAUCAGACAUUCCAUCAAAGAAGUUAAUAAUGGACUUUGCUGAAAAUAUAUUGCGAUCAUCUAAUAAGAAUAUUAUCCAGAGCAAUGAUGAAAACAAAGAAAAGAUGCAUUGCUUUCAACAGGACCUUUUCAUUUCAAGUUCAGUUAAUACCUCAUCAUUCCCAACAACUAAAAAAAAUACAUUGCCGUCUGCAAACCAAGGUUCACCAUUUAAAUCUGCUGUGUCCACUGUGUCCUUUUACAACAAAGAUAAGUGGUACCUCAACCCAUUGGAGAGAAAACUGAUAAAAGAGAGUAGAUCCAUUAGCCUAAAAACAAAUAUGGAAGAUAAAUUUUUUCCCAGUGUGAUGGAAAAAAGGGAAGUAAAACCAGGCUCCAAGAAGAUAAACAAAAAAACACAAAAGAGAUUAACUACUAAAUAUCAACCAAGAUAUAAGUGCAUCAAACCUGUAUCAAGGAAUUCUAAAACUCCCAAGCUAAAUAGAGUGGCCUAUAAGCCAGUUGUGGAGAAAGAGAAUCCUGGAUAUUCAGCUGAAAAUAAUCUGAAUGCUCCUCGAGUGUUAAGCCAAAAAAUAAAACCACAAGUUACAAUCCAAAGUGGAGCAGCAUUUUUUGUCAGUAAAAAAAAAUCUUGCCUUCGAAAAUUGCCUUUGGAAAAUGUCUCGUUACUGCAACUUACUAAGAAGGAUAAAUCAGAAGAGACUGAAGAUUCUGAUGUUGAAAAAACUCUUGAGGCAAGGCAAGUGCCUAAGUGCUUGUUACAAGAAUUGAACUUGGAGCUACUGGGCGUAAGAAGUAAAAACGAAGGGAAAUUAAAGGGUUCAUCAAGUGGAGUAGUUUCUUCAAGGGGAGGCGAGCUGGAUGAAAAUCUGUGUUCCGAGGAUGUUGUCGAUGAGAACAAGGCAGCUCUUCCUGAGCCUAUAGUCUACCCGAUUUUCAGUGUGUCUUCAGCCAAUACAAAAAGGUCUCUAGCUGAAGAACAAUCUUCUGUGGGCUCCAGCAUAUCUACUAACUUGAAACAGACCACUACACCGAAAAAUGCCAAGGAUACAAAUAGAGAAAUAAAAGACCAGUUCAUCAUUGAUGCAGGUCAGAAACAUUUUGGCACUACUAUGUGCAGGUCUUGUGGCAUGAUUUAUACUGCUUCCAACCCUGAGGAUGAACUGCAGCAUGGUCAGUAUCAUCAGAGAUUUCUGGAAGGAAUCAAUUAUACAGGUUGGAAGAAAGAACGUGUAGUAGCCCAGUUUUGGGAUGGAAAAAUCGUAUUAGUCUUGCCACAUGAUCCAAAGUAUGCUAUCAGAAAGGUAGAAGAUGUUCAAGAACUUGUCGAUAAUGAGUUAGGAUUCCAUCAAGUUAUUACCAAAUGUCCAAACAAGACCAAAACUUUUCUCUUUAUAUCUGAUGAAAAGAAAGUAGUUGGUUGUUUAAUUGCAGAGCCUAUCAAACAGGCUUUUCGUGUCCUAUCUGAACCAAGCGACCCAGAAUCCUCAACCUCUAAAGAAUGUCACAGGGCUUGGCAGUGUUCAGACAUACCACAACCUGCAGUCUGUGGGAUUAGUAGAAUCUGGGUCUUCAGGCUGAAGCGAAGAAAGCGCAUUGCAAGACGAUUAGUUGAUACUCUCAGGAAUUGCUUCACGUUUGGCUGUUUUCUCCGCACUGAUGAAAUUGCAUUUUCUGACCCUACUCCAGAUGGCAAAUUAUUUGCAACCAAGUACUGCAACACCCCUAAUUUCCUUGUGUACAAUUUUAAUAGCUAAGGUCAACUCCCAUAUGAAAGUGAUUGUGUGGAUUAGUACAGACAGCCCUUUAUCACACAAUGGGAACCAUUUAAACAAUAUUAAAGCAGAAUACUAACACAUACCACCCUCCUUGAGAUAUGAAUUGGGAAGUCACAUUUGUCAAAAAUUAUCUGGAGAUGCAAAGAAAGGAAAAGUACCAGAUGUUAUUAUGUAUACUGGUAAGCAGCCUGAGCCCUUAAUUAUGAAAUUUAGUAGCUAUAACAGGAAAAUUUUACUUGUUCCUUGAAAAACAGCUGUCUCCUACUUCAAUGUGACCACUUAUGUUUUAUAAAGUACACUUUGAACGAGGAAUAUCAUGCUGCCCAAGUCAUAAAGCCAGAUUUAAACCCAGACAUAUUUUUCAUAGCCCAGAUUUAAUAGUAAUUCCUGAAUAUUAUAUAUAAAAUUCUUGCUUUCAUUUGGCUGCAGGAACUCAAUUUGAAUAUAUUUUUAGAAAGUGUUUUGUAAUAAGUGAGAGAUACCUAUGUCCUUUGUGUAGAAUUUUAUAGUUCAAUGUUUGAAUCUCUUUACAAAUCAAAUAGCUACAUGCACAGUCAUCAAGUUUAAUUAAAAUUAAAACCUAGUAAUUGCACUAUUGUCAUUUCAUUAAAUUCUAUUCUGUGAAAAUGAAAAUGCUAGUUGGGCUAAUUUAGUGAACCUGUUAACUAGUAAUUUGUGCCAUUAGCAAAAUGGGUUAUAUGAUUUGAUUCUUUGCUUAUUUUAAAUAACAUCUUGUUUUUAAACACAUGGCAAAAUUCCUGACAAAAUGUAUAGUUAAUAGAAUCCAAAUUAAUAUAUCUUCACCCCAGGCCAGAGAUUACGAUGAUACUAUGUAAUCUAAAUAUGCACACAUCUUCCCUACUAAUACUUCAAAAAGAAUAAUUCAGGUUGUUUGGAUUCUAAAGAAAUCACUGAUACCUGGAAAUGAAACUAUAAAAAAUUAGUUCAGUUCUGUUUUCAAGGUUCUAACUGUAUAGAAUCUAAAACUCUUUGCUUUUAAAUGAACAUGGAUUCAAAAUGUAAAAGUUGUUUUGAAAAAGUAUAUGGAAAAGUUCAAAUGUGUGCUUUUAAAUGCACAUUUUAAUAUUUUCUGCGUUGCUGCUUGUUUAAACUAUUUUAUUUUAAAAUUAUUAACAUUA